GAAACAUUUAGUGCAAAAUAAGUUCAGAUAUAAUAAUAAUUUAAUUCAACAUAAUUUUCACGCGCGGGUGACCAACAAGUUUGCUACCGUCGACGGUAUAGUUAUGGACCAACAACAACAAUCGCCGACACGUACUGUCCUAUUGAGCUGCGGGUCGUUCAAUCCGAUAACCAAUAUGCAUUUGCGGCUGUUUGAAGUGGCCAGAGAUGCACUACAGCAGUCGACAAACAGCCAAACAGUGGUCACCGAAGGUAUCAUAUCGCCGACACACCAGUCGUACGCCACUAGCAAACGGUUAGCCCCGGCUGAACAUCGGUGCCGUAUGAUCGAGUUGGCCGUACAACCGUUGUUACACCAGCGGCCACAUUGGGUACGCUGUGAUCGAUGGGAAACCGAACAGCCCGGGUGGACGCGGACACUGGCCGCUAUGGAUCACUAUCGGAAACAAUACCCGCCGGAUGUCCAGUUGCGGCUGUUGUGCGGCGCCGAUCUGUUCGAUACGUUUAACGUACCCGAUCUGUGGCGCGACGAAGAUAUCGAAACAAUUUGCGGCCAAUACGGUAUGGUUGUGGUUACCCGACAGGGUUCAGAUCCGUGGCGUACAUUGGACGCGAGUCCCAAGGCGGCCAUAUUGAAUAAAUAUCGGCAAAACAUAGUGAUUGUCGAAGAGACCAUACAGAAUACGGUUAGUUCGUCGGCUGUACGCCAGGCCAUCAAAAGUGGCCAAAGUAUACGCUAUCUGUGUCCCGAUUCGGUUAUCGAGUAUAUUGACGACAAUCAAUUGUAUCAGUGAUUUAUUUGCCAUAUAAUUAAUUGGACCGAUAAUUACCGAUAAUACCGCACACAUAGUAAGUGAUUAUAAU